GUGCAUUUCCUUAUUUGUUCAGGGAGCAACACAAUGCAGACCAUACUGUCAGCUGUGAUAUUUGCCAUAAUCGCCAAUGCGGCUGUUGACUCUCUGCAGAUUUAUCGGAGUAAAUCAGUGGGCAAGCGAGACCUCUGGGACUUUGGAAGCCACACAGAAUCAGGAAGUGAAGAUCAGGAAGAAGGCAAACUUUCACUGGACGAUUUCCAGCAUGAUUACCUACGCGUUCCGGUGCAUCCGGUACAUGAGUGGCACCAGGAUGAGCCUCAUAGCAAGAAGGAUGCUCGAGAGUGGAAGCCAGUGGAGUCAAAGUCACAUGGUGUUUCGACCUAUUCGAAAAAGUCGAACAAGGAGGAACGAACCGAGGAGGAGUGGCAGGACGAUAAGCUCGAUGAGCCGGAGAAAGGGGAAGAACAUCAUCAUCACCACCAUCACCAUCAUUUGGUGAAGGUCAUUGAGGUUCCGAAGCCCUAUCCGGUGCACGUGGAGAAACCGUAUCCUGUGUAUGUAGAAAAACCGGUCGUGGUGGAGAAAGCUGUGCCGUUGAAGCUUUAUAUUACGAAAAAAUAUCACUAA